CAGCCCCUCCUCCUUGGACAACAUUCCCAGUUUUGCCAAGGACUCCAAGCACUUUUGGGCCUGAAGUGAAUCGACACUUUUAAUUCUCACUUUGGAGGGGUUACUGAUUCUGUCUGUCUCUCUUUCCAUUGUAUUUGUGUCUCCAUCACUUUCAAGUUUCCGAGUUUCCACCCAAAUUCCAGACUGAAACUUCAAAGCUUCCUCCCUCGCCUCGUUUUCUCCGCCCUCCAAAUUAGAAGCAAACUCGCACACUCCCCUAUUUUCUUUGGUACGAUUCCACCCUAACUCUCUUCAUCCUUGUCUCUCCCCUUUUUAGCUAGUACGUCACGCACCCGCAGUCUCCGGGCGUAAUCUUAACUCCGUCAGCGGCCACCUUAAAAUAGUGAAACUCCCACCGGAAAAUGUCGCAGUCUCUCAAUUUAUCCAUUUCCACCUCCUCACCAACUUCCCCCAAUUUCGCAUCCCUUUCAAGACCCUCAACUUCGUUCCUCACCGGAAGUUUCCGGUUCCCCGUCAAAUUCAGACCCUCCGGCCUACGUACACCAGCACCACCGGAGCUUCUCAUUACCAAAGCCUCCUCCGAUCCGGAGGCGCCUUCAGCUUCAGCUUCUGCUUCUGCUUCCGCUGCAGCUGCGACUCUAGGUUCGGAUAAUGGUGUGGGAGGGGUGUUAUCGGCUGUGCCGCCAGCGGACACGGGCUCGAUUGAGGUGGAUGCGGUGACGGAGGCCGAGUUGAAGGAGAAUGGGUUUCGGAGCACACGGAGGACUAAACUGAUUUGCACGAUCGGCCCCGCGACGUGCGGGUCGGAACAGCUGGAGGCGUUGGCUGUUGGGGGAAUGAAUGUGGCUAGGAUUAAUAUGUGUCACGGGACGAGGGAGUGGCACCGGAGAGUGAUCGAGCGGGUUCGGAGGUUGAAUGAGGAGAAAGGCUACGCGGUAGCUAUUAUGAUGGAUACUGAAGGCAGUGAAAUUCACAUGGGGGAACUUGGUGGUGCCUCUUCCGUGAAAGCUGAGGAUGGGGAAGUUUGGAUUUUCAGUGUUAGAGCUUUUGAGUCACCUCUUCCAGAACGCACUAUACAUGUGAACUAUGAGGGCUUUGCUGAAGAUGUGAAAGUCGGGGAUGAUCUCCUAGUAGAUGGUGGAAUGGUAAGGUUUGAGGUGAUUGAGAAAAUUGGUCCAGAUGUCAAGUGCAGAUGCACAGACCCUGGACUCUUACUACCUCGGGCUAAUCUUACCUUCUGGCGACAUGGGAGCUUAGUACGGGAACGUAAUGCCAUGUUACCGACAAUAUCCUCAAAGGAUUGGUUAGACAUUGAUUUUGGGAUUGCUGAAGGUGUUGAUUUCAUUGCGAUAUCCUUUGUCAAGUCUGCUGAAGUCAUUACUCACCUUAGAAGCUAUAUAAAAGCAAGGGCUCGUGAUAGUGAUAUUUCCGUCAUUGCAAAGAUAGAAAGUGUUGACUCUUUGAGGAACUUAGAGGAGAUCAUUCUAGCGUCCGAUGGGGCUAUGGUUGCAAGAGGAGAUCUGGGUGCACAGAUCCCCUUGGAACAGGUCCCUUCAGAGCAGCAAAAGAUUGUUCAGCUUUGUAGACAGUUGAAUAAGCCUGUUAUUGUAGCUUCUCAGUUGCUUGAGUCUAUGAUUGAGUACCCUACACCCACAAGAGCUGAAGUGGCUGAUGUUUCUGAAGCAGUAAGGCAACGAGCAGAUGCUUUGAUGCUCUCAGGUGAGUCAGCUAUGGGUCAGUACCCUGAUAAAGCACUGACCGUUCUCAGAAAUGUUAGUCUGAGAAUAGAGAGGUGGUGGAGAGAAGAGAAACAUCAUGAAGUUAUGGAACUCCCUGACAUAGCUUCUUCAUUUGCCGACAGCAUAUCGGAAGAGAUCUGCAACUCUGCAGCUAAGAUGGCUAACAACUUAGAGGUGGAUGCACUUUUUGUUUACACAAAGGAUGGACACAUGGCAUCUCUCCUGUCGCGUUGCCGACCCGACUGCCCAAUUUUUGCAUUUACAACCACAACAUCCGUCCGCAGACGGUUAAAUCUACAGUGGGGUCUAAUACCUUUUCGCUUGAGCUUCGCUGAUGAUAUGGAAAGUAACCUCAACAAAACCUUCUCCUUGCUCAAGGCUCGGGGAAUGAUCAAAUCAGGUGAUCUGGUAAUUGCUGUUUCUGAUAUGUUACAAUCCAUACAAGUCAUGAAUGUUCCUUGAGAAUCUAGCACCACUUUCUGCAAGAGCAUCAUAUUUACUGUCUCAUCGGGUGCAAAGGUUUGUUUUAAGCUAGUGAAGCAAAAAAGGAGGGAUGGCAGUUUCAGUCCGCUCUUUACCCCAUCGUACCAUCUGGUUCGCAAGCAUUAUCUACUAGUGUAUUGAAUUGAAACCUGUAGCGAAGUGUACCCAGAAGUUUCGAGAUGUACUUGGGUUUAUUGUCAUAGCGAGGCUUGCUUCGGUUGAGUCGUUCUGUUGUAGAAUUAUGGGCACAAAGGACAAUAAUAGAACCUUCACGAGUAACCUUCAAUCUUACUCAUCAGUCCUUUCUUGUCUGUUGAAA